UGUAUCGCCUCCUCAGUCAUGACCACAGCUCCAUGCCUAGCUCUGAGGAGGGAGCAGACCGAGUGAGGAGCCGGCCAGGGACACAGGAUGCUGCGCUGCUGGAAACAUUCAGACGCCGGCUCGGAGGAGCCCCGCUGCACGGAUGGGGGGGGCUCUGCUGCGUGCACCCAGUCCCGCUUCCCGCACAAGGCCUUCUGGGUCAGCCUCUCGGCCUCCCUGCUCCUGGUGGUCAUCGCCCUGGGUUUGACGGGCCACCUGGGGCUUCCUCGGCCUCACCCUGAGUCUCUACAGGUCGUCCGAAUCACGGUCCCGGAUCAGACCGGAGUCCUGAUCAACCAGUUGGCCGUCGUGGACCAGCAGAAGGACCUGGUGACCUUUUCUGUGACCUCACCCGCCAACCGGACGUCCACCGUGCUCUUCGACGUCAAACAUGGUCUGAUCUGCUACAAGCCCGUCGAGCCGGACGGCUGCUUCCUGCGGAAGAUGGAGAAGCCCGACUACGACAACGUGCACGGCCUCCUCCGCGAGUCAACGCACAAGAGUCACUUCCAGCUGUCCGGGAACGAGACCCGGAGGCAGACGGAGUUCCUGGGGGUGCUGGCGGACAGCAGGGUGGACGCGGCCACGCUGGAGGAGCCUCUCCAGGCUCUGUGUCGGGACAGCGCCAUCCACUGGACCAGGAGGGUCGAGGGCCCGGGGAAACAGAGGCUGGUCUACUUCUGCAUCGACAUCUGCUUUCCCAGCAACAUCUGUGUGUCUGUGUGCUUCUACUACCUGCCAGAGUGACUAUGUUCUCUUCAUCCUCCCAGUGAAAGAUCAGAUUUUUAGCUCCCUCUCCAAGAAAAAAAAAGCAAAAAGACCAGACGCCAGCUUUGACUGUUUCCUUUGUGCCAUGCGGCCGCUUGCAGAACCAGUGAAGCGGCCAACCCUCCCAGUCCACUUUCAUCCUUCCGAGAGAGAAGAGAUGGAGACAGGCUGUCGCGGUUAUCUUCAGAAGCCCGUCACUCUCUGAAUAAUAUCCCCUCUGCCGAGAUUAGAGUGCAUUUAUUUUCUUAUUCUUCUUUUUAAAUGCCUCUGAAUGUAUUUCCUGUAAUCCACUGUGGCAGUUUAAUUAUGUAUUGUGAUAA